AUUGAGGGCAAGUACUAAUUUUCAAGGAUGAGGGGACAUACAAGGAAUAGAAAGAGAAACAAUAAAGAUGAGUAAAAUCUUACAUGGUAGCAACUACAAUAUGUUAAGUUUGAUUAGUUAUUGUAGCAGAGGGUAUUUUUGUGUUGUCAAGUUGUGGGUCUCAGUACCCUGACAAUCUACAAAUAAAAAAUAUUUUUAGAAAACCACAUCAAAUCAAUACUUUGACUUUUACCAGGCCCUUUUUAACCCAAGUCAACAGAACAUACUGUCUGCAUCUCUACUCUCAAGCGACCAAGAUGACUCAGUUGCUCUGAACUGAAUCCGAACGUUGCGCAAACAUUAUCUUGUACCGCCGAUAGGGGCAACAGCGAGCAAGUUGACUCGCUCACCAAGCACCAACAGACACGAAGAAGAAGACGCGGAAGUGGUCGCCAGCGUAAUGUUGUUAUGGCGCCUCGCGUGUAAUUCAACUUGAGUUCCUACGAAUUCAUUCAAAACCUUUGAGAGGUUUUUCAAGUGUGUUUCUUUAGGUUGCUGUUAAGCUGGCUGUGCCGCUGCAAAAGAAAAAUGAGUACUCAAUACAGCAUCCUUUUUAAACAGGAGCAUGCACACGAUGAUGCAAUCUGGACAGCAGCGUGGGGUAAAAGUGAGGCGGACAUUUCAGAAACAAUUGUCACCGGCUCCCUUGACGAUAUGGUCAAAGUGUGGAAAUGGUCGGACGAGAAGCUGGAGCUGCAGUGGACGCUGGAGGGACACCAGCUGGGGAUCGUGUCCGUGGACAUCAGCCACGAUGCCGCCAUCGCUGCGUCCAGCUCGCUCGACGCGCACAUCCGCCUCUGGGACCUGGAGUCCGGCAAACAGAUCAGGUCUAUGGAUGCGGGACCAGUGGACGCCUGGACGGUCGCCUUCUCGCCGGACUCCAAGCACAUCGCCACAGGAAGCCACCUUGGCAAAGUCAACAUCUUCGGUGUGGAAAGCGGCAAGAAGGAAUACUCUCUGGACACCCGAGGGAAAUUCAUCUUGAGCAUCGCUUACAGCCCAGAUGGUAAAUAUUUGGCGAGCGGGGCUAUCGACGGCAUCAUCAACAUCUUUGACAUCGCCACGGGAAAGCUCCUCCAUACGCUUGAAGGGCACGCCAUGCCCAUCCGCUCCCUUACCUUCUCUCCGGACUCCCAGCUGCUUGUCACGGCAUCCGACGACGGCUAUAUCAAGAUUUACGACGUACAACACGCCAAUCUGGCAGGCACGCUGAGCGGACACGGAUCCUGGGUGCUCAACGUGGCCUUCUCUCCGGACAACACGCACUUUGUCUCCAGCUCCUCAGACAAGAGCGUGAAAGUUUGGGACGCCAGUUCCAGAGCGUGCAUCAACACCUUCUUCGACCACCAAGACCAGGUGUGGACUGUCAAGUACAACAGCAACGGCUCCAAAAUUAUCUCGGCCGGUGACGAUCGAGCCAUCCAUAUUUACGACUGUCCCAUGUGAGGCGACGGGUGGCAGGAGAGACUCCUUUUGUGUGAAUGAUGUUGUACUUGCUCAUGACAGUACAAUAAAUUUUGUUUUUUAAAUAAA